GACUGUGGACAUUUCAGAUAUAUUUAUAACUUUAAGAUAACAAUUAUUUAUGAAAAAAUAUGAUGAUUGUGUUUAACCGUGUUCGAAUAAGUUUAAUUGAAUCAUUUCUCAUUUGUUUCGAGUAAGAAGCGUACCUAUGUCAAUGGAAAGAAACAGCAACAUUAUGAACAUUAAUAAACAAGAAAGUUCAUCUGUCCAGGAUGGAGCGGUUCAAGUGGUUCAACAACUAUUGCCAAUAAAAUUAGAAUCAGAAAAGAAGAAAGUAAGUGGAUGUCGCUCUGCUGUACAGUACCUAGGUAACAAGUGGUUGACUGAAAUGGAGGGUGUUAAAUUUGAAUUCAAUGAUAUAUCACUGUAUACACUAUACAUGGCCACUCAGUUACUUUUCUCACUUUUUGUAAUUUUUUGUCACUAUCCCUGUAAAAUUGUAACUUUUGUCACUUUCUUUACUUACACAAGAUCUUAAUCUUAUAGGCCUCUUUUUUAUUACUAUUUAUCAACAAAUAGGUAAUUUAAUUAUGAUAAUAUAAUAUCUAAAACCAUUGAUGCUUGGGAGUGACGGACCAAAUGUGAACAAAUAAGUAUAUUUAGAUUAGUCAAUGAAAAUGUAAAAAUUAUUUGUGGUAAGAGUCUUAUUGAUAUUGGAACAUGCAAUAUU